AUGAUAAAGACGGUCGAUAUCACAUAUGCUCAAACUGCCAUUCACGUCACUACCGAUAUAGCAACUGCGUAUGCGAAUCUGCGUGAGCAAAGAGAGAUCCGAGCCGAAUACAGUCAUCUCAUCGAAAUACCGCGUGCUCCAAAGUCCUGGGAAGCAUGGAUUAGCGCAUGGGAAAAGGUUAUGAUACGAGCAAUGCUAGAGAACCUGUCGUUUGCAAAGGACAGCACCGAAUGGGCAAAUAACUUUCUUGACGCGUUGAAGCCAUAUUUUGACACCUGGGUUACCGCUUAUAGAAUGAGCAAAGAAAAGGAAAUAGAUAACGGAUCUCUGGACUACCGUACCCUCUCAGGCGCUUUCCGUAGACAUGCCACUGCGACCAAGAGAUCAACCGGUAAGGUUGGCAAAGGCGCAUUUGCAGUCACAUAUGGAGAUAGCGAAGAGCAGGAUGGAAACUUAGAUGCGACGCCAUCCAUAAGAAUUAAUCCUCAGGGUGAUCGCAGAAGAGGAAACAAGAAGCGUAACCGUACAAUUGAAGGCUCAAUUUCUGAAUCAGGAAAGCCACGGUGUAGGGCUUGUGGAAUUCUUGGGCAUAUGGCCAAUGCUUGCUGGUAUAUCUUUCCAAAGAAAGCGCCGAAAAAGUGGUAUCCAAAAGAAGGUGUUCAAGAGAAGGUCGAUAGCAACCUUAGGGAAGAUAACAAACUUGCAGAAGAGAUUGCAAGGAUAAAGAACCCAAAAGCCUCAAAUCAUGAUGACAAAGAGGCUAAUGAGUGA